CAUAGAAAACGGGACAGGAGGCCACAGAAAACGGGACACGAGGCCACAGAAAACGGGACACGAGGCCACAGAAAACGGAUGCUGUGUUAAGAUGUGGGCGGAGUCAUGACGUAAUAGUAGGGGCGUGGCAUAGGGGCGACAGAGAGCGAACCGUGCGCCCAUGUCUGGCCAUGGGAGGGGCGUGACCGUGCCUCUCUGACCUAGGGAUGAUGGAGGCAUCAGGUGAGAUCGGACUUGCUGGUGGAGGAGGAGGGGAAGGAAUGGGAUUCGGGGGACCGGGAGGAUUAGGAAAAGGCCUCGUGGGAUCCCUGAGUGCGCUGCCCACGCCCGGAGGAGCGAUGGGCGGCGGCGGAGGAGGAGGCCCUGCUUCAGGAGGAGCAGGACGAGGAAAUAUGGUGAGGAGGGCGAGUCUCGGCAGCCAGCCCACGCAGGACCGAUGGGUGUGUCCCAACGACCGCCAUCUGGCACUCAGGGCCAAGUUGAAAAUGGGCUGGUCCACGUCGCAGCCCGUGCCCGUGACCCGCCAGGACUCGCUCUCGGAGGCGGAGACCAAGAUCAUCCUCGAGGUGAUCCAGAGGGCGGAGAAGCUCGACCUCGUGGAGCAGGAGAGGAUAGGGUGA